AUGAAGACCACCUUUACCUCCGUCUUCGCCGCGACCGCCGCCCUGGCCUCUACCGCGAGCGCUUUCUCCAUUACCAACUGCGUCACCGGGCAGUACAAGAACUUUGGCGAGGCCGGUAACAAGAAGUGCCAGAACUUCAACGCCGGCAACUCCCUCACCUACGACAGCAACAAGGGCCUGACCUUGAGGGCCUUCCAGGGCACCGACUGUCAGGGCGCGUCGUUCACGACCACUGUUCAAAACGCUUGCCAGGGUGCUCCUUUCACCGUGCUUUCUGUCAUUGCCAACUAA